CCAGAUUUGAGCCGUCAGGAACGAAUUUGCGACAUGCAAUUAUUGUCGUCAAACUGACGGCUACGCCUCUAGAUCGUCUAUAAUAAUAUUCUAAUUUCAAAAAAAAAAAAUUAAAAAAGAAAUCUCUCUUCACUAAAAAAAAAAAAUUUAGUGCAAUUAAUCUAUAUAACAAGCCUAAAAAUAUUUUAAAUGUGAUGAAAAUAAAGUAUCAAUCGUAGAAUUCAUUUUUAAAAAAAUUCACGUGAAAAAAAGAAAACAAAAUUUUAUAGAGAAAAAAUGAAAAAAAUAUUUAUUAAAAAUUCAUGACAACCACGAAAAAAAUUUAAAAAUGGUGCGAUUAAAAAUUGACUAUCCAAGAAUAUCACUUAGUCAGCACAAGUAAUACUCAGAAUGAUCAUCAAAUGAAGAAACAGAUAAAAAAACUUGUGUGCCUAAAAAAAUGGCUGAUAGUGAUAAUUAUAUUUAUAUUAGGAUAUUUAUUUUCAAUUAAUAGUAUUUCAUUCCGACAAUUUCGACUCGAAUCGUACUUAAAUAAUUUAUCUCAAGGAAAUGAUAUUGAAUCACGGCCUCAUUUUGUAGUUUUAAAAAAUUCGGGGUACCUAGUACAAAAGAAAGGAUGUCAUAUUCCAGCAAUGGAUCCACAUGAUUCGGCAAUUAAAAAAUAUAUUGAAAUCGCUAAGCCUAUAAAAUGUAAUAAUGAAAAUUAUUUAUCGCUUAUAGAAUCAAAUAAUACUGCAAUUUUUAUUAAUAAUAAAUCAAAAGAGCGUUUCUAUAAUGAGACUGAAUUUGCCGAUUGUUGUUGGCAAACAUUUUGGCGAACUGAAAACGAAGACAAUUCAUAUACACAUGAAUUAGAAUGUCAUAAAUUUCAAGAUUCAGUAAAUAUCACUGAAGAAUUCAUUAAAGUUAAAUGCUCAAAAAAUAAUAAAACUAUUUAUCGUGAUUAUCAUGCAUUUUUGCCUAAAAAACCAAAUAUCAUGGAACGAAUUGAAAAAAGAAAAAAAUCACAUUCAGAAUUACUUAGUUUAUUAAUUAUUGGAAUAGAUUCUGUAUCAAGACUUAAUUUUCAUCGAAUGAUGCCAAAAACAGUUAAAACUUUACAAAAUCUUAAUGCUUUGGAAAUGUUUGGUUAUAAUAAAGUUGGUGAGAAUACAUAUCCAAAUGUAAUACCAACAUUAACUGGAUAUUCUAGUGAGGAAAUAGAAAAAAUAUGUUGGAAAAAUAAAAAAACACCAUUUGAUAAAUGUCCAUUUAUAUGGAAAAAUUUUAGUUCAUCUGGUUAUUUAACAAUAUUCGGUGAAGACGCUUGUGAUAUUUCAACAUUUAAUUAUUUAAAACCAGGAUUUCGUCAACAACCAACAGAUUAUUAUCUUCGUCCAUUUUGUUUAGCAGCUGAGAAAGAAAUUGGUAAUCAUCAUAAAGUAAAUACAAAUCUUUGUUUAGGUGGUAGAAAAAAUUUUCAAGUUCUACUUAAUUAUUCAUUUAAAACAGCAAUGGAAUUUAAAGAUAAACCAUAUUUUGCCUUCUUUUGGCAAACAAGCCUAACUCAUGAUUAUUUAGAAUAUGCACAAUUAGGCGAUAAUUCAUAUAAUGAAUUUAUUAUGAAUUUAGAAAAAAAUAAACUUUUAAAUAAAACGGCAUUAAUAUUUAUGAGUGAUCAUGGUUUAAGAUGGGGUUCAUUUCGUCAAACUUAUCAAGGUAGAGUUGAAGAUAGUUUACCAUUUGUAUUUAUUGUAUUACCAAAUUGGUGGAAAGAAAAAUAUUCAAUUGCAUGGAUUAAUUUAAAAAGAAAUACCAAAAGUUUAACAACAGCAUAUGAUUUACAUGAGACAUUAAUGGAUUUAUUAAAUAAUGAAGAAUUAAAUGAAAAAUUAAUACGAGAACGUGGGAAAAAAAUUUUUAAAAAUAUAAAACGUGGAAUAAGUUGGUUUCUUCCAAUUCCAGAUUAUCGUACAUGUUCAAUGGCUGAAAUUCCAGAACAUUGGUGUAUGUGUCAUGGUAAUAAAAAUGUUUCUCUAAUUGAUUCUAAUGUAAUGAAUAGUGGAAAAUUUAUAGUCAAUGAAUUAAAUCGAAUGCUUGAUAAAUUUCCCCAAUGUGCUAAUUUAACGUUAAAACGAUUAAUUGAUGCAACAAUGUUAAUGGAAAAGGAAAAAAUUGGAAGUAAAAUAAAAAAAAGUGAAACAUCAGCACCUUGGUUUGAUUUUACAAUAACAUUGGAAACAAUACCGGGUAAUGGAAUUUUUGAGGGAUCAGUAAGAUACAGAAAUGAUAGUAAAAAAAUGGAAUUAACUGGAACGAUUAGCAGAUUAAAUGCUUAUGGAAAGCAGAGUGCCUGCAUUGAUGAUUUUAAUAUGCGUUUGUACUGUUAUUGUAUUUAGAGAUACAUAUCUUUUUUGGGAGAAAAUAUGUGAUAUUUUAUAGGGAAUAAAAUUGAUUAUAUAUUGUUGAAUAA